CUCCAUUUUAAUCUUCUCCUUUUAAAAGAUGGCUGUGUUUUCUACUCUGGCAACCCCUCAGGAAAGAAGAAUUGCUCCUUCCUUACAGAGUUCAACUGAGUAAGACUAAUCUAGAGUGGAAACCCCUUCGGCCACCAGAACUAUUCUUAAUUCCUGGUGCUGCAAAGCAGCCAGCUGAAUGCAUUUGGACAGGCUCUUGCUCUUCGUGAAAAUCUUGAUUUCAUUACACUCUCUGCCAGGAAAGAAGCGGGGAGCAUAGGCUUCUUAGAAGAAUGGAGUGAGAAGAUGGGCUUUGUUUGCAUUAGGAAAUGCCAUAAGUUUUGGAGGCUUGUCUUUCAUAAGUUUUGAUUAUUUUACCACUGAAUCUGCAAGACUUUCCUGACCCUUUGGGAUUGCUCUCUCAGACUGAAAUUCUUUCAAAGGGAUUUGUGGAUUGUGGCAAGGAGAGCAUUCCAAAAUGCCUGAGGCAAACUAUUUGUUAUCUGUAUCUUGGGGUUACAUCAAGUUCAAAAGAAUGCUGAACCGGGAGCUGACACAUCUCUCAGAAAUGAGCCGAUCAGGGAACCAGGUGUCUGAGUACAUUUCAAAUACUUUCUUAGACAAGCAGAAUGAUGUGGAGAUUCCAUCUCCCACCCAGAAAGACAGGGAGAAGAAGAAAAAGCAACAGCUUAUGACACAGAUAAGUGGGGUAAAGAAAUUGAUGCACAGUUCAAGUUUAAACAAUACAAGCAUCUCACGCUUUGGAGUUAACACAGAAAAUGAAGAUCAUCUGGCCAAGGAGUUAGAAGACCUGAACAAGUGGGGCCUUAACAUCUUUAAUGUGGCUGGAUAUUCACACAACAGACCCCUAACAUGCAUCAUGUAUGCCAUAUUCCAGGAAAGAGACCUGCUGAAGACAUUCAAAAUCUCAUCCGAUACCUUUGUCACCUACAUGAUGACUUUAGAAGACCAUUAUCAUUCAGAUGUGGCCUAUCACAACAGCCUGCAUGCUGCUGAUGUUGCCCAGUCAACCCAUGUCCUUCUCUCUACACCAGCCCUAGAUGCUGUCUUCACAGAUUUGGAAAUCCUGGCUGCCAUUUUUGCAGCUGCUAUCCAUGACGUUGAUCAUCCUGGAGUCUCCAAUCAGUUUCUCAUCAACACAAAUUCAGAACUUGCUUUGAUGUAUAAUGAUGAAUCUGUGUUGGAAAACCAUCACCUUGCUGUGGGUUUCAAAUUGCUACAAGAAGAACAUUGUGACAUCUUUCAGAAUCUUACCAAGAAGCAGCGUCAGACACUCAGGAAAAUGGUUAUUGACAUGGUAUUAGCAACUGAUAUGUCCAAGCAUAUGAGCCUGCUCGCAGACCUGAAAACCAUGGUAGAAACAAAGAAAGUGACAAGUUCAGGUGUUCUCCUCCUGGACAACUAUACUGAUCGCAUACAGGUCCUUCGCAACAUGGUACACUGUGCAGACCUGAGCAACCCCACCAAGUCCUUGGAAUUGUAUCGGCAAUGGACAGACCGCAUCAUGGAGGAAUUUUUCCAGCAAGGAGACAAAGAGCGGGAGAGGGGAAUGGAGAUUAGCCCAAUGUGUGAUAAGCACACAGCUUCUGUGGAAAAAUCCCAGGUUGGUUUCAUUGACUACAUCGUCCAUCCACUGUGGGAGACCUGGGCAGAUCUGGUACAACCUGAUGCCCAGGACAUUCUGGAUACGUUAGAAGAUAACAGGAACUGGUAUCAGAGCAUGAUCCCCCAGAGUCCUUCUCCACCACUGGAAGAGCAGAAUAGAGACUGCCAGGGUCUGAUGGAGAAAUUUCAGUUUGAACUGACUCUUGAAGAGGAAGAUUCUGAAGGACCUGAAAAGGAGGGUGAGGGCCACAACUAUUUCAGCAGCACAAAGACCCUCUGUGUGAUUGAUCCAGAACAUAGAGAUUCCCUGAGAGAGACUGAGGUAGACAUCGAGACAGAAGACAAGUCACCAAUUGACACAUAAUCCCCCUCUCUGUGUGGAGAUGAACAUUCCAUCCUUGACAAGCAUGCCGGCUGUAUGGCAGGGCCAGCCUGCCGCAGGGGCCAAGGCCUGCACAGGACAGGGGCCACGUGGCCUUUCCAGUUACUUGAGUUUGGAGCCAGAACGUAAGACCAUGAAGCGAAUAACAGCUCAGGAAAUCCCACAGUUGACUUGCCUCAUUUACAAGCUUGGUGGGGAGCUGAAGCUUUAUGUGGUAUUGGAGGCCAAGUACAGGGUUACAACUAAGUGGCUUGAAAACAGGAGACACAAAACUGAGAGAUUUUCUGCACUAAGUUUUGGGACUCUGUCCCUGUUAGUGACUGAACUGACUGACUAAUAACUUCAUUUACAAAUCUGCUCACCUUGUCCUCUUGUCUGCCAACCCUUGUGCCUUUUUUGUAAAACAUUUUCACGUCUUUAAAAUACCUGUUGAAUACCAAGAGUUUAGUAUUAACUUCUCCACAGAUAAGUAUUCAAAGUUGACAUAAUCUUUUUGAGUCUUUCUGGAAGAAAAAAAAAAAAGGAAAGAAAACAGUCUUCCUUUUUUCUUGGGCAAUAUCUUUCACUUUACUACAUGAAUUUUGCAAAGAGAAAGGAUACACAUCUAACCACAUUCUACCCCUAGUGUCCCACCCAGCUCUUUGUAACUUCUCCAGCCUGCUCUGAGCAGAAUUUCUUCUCCUCUAGAGUCACUUUUUUGUUGUAACAGAAUAAAGUUGAAGCUGAGUGAGAAGAGAGGACCAUCCCGCCAGUCACAGUCAAGAGUCUGUAAACUCCUAACUAACUUAGGCCCUGUGCCCUGAUGUGUCCUAAACCCCUCUGCAAUGGGGCGCCUUGUGGCCCCUUGCCUGCCCCCAACUCUUCAUUCUCACACCUGAUCACACUGUUUUCAAUUUAAUGCUGCCGUCUUUUCUUGCACUGCCUACCAUGCUAACACCUCCAUUUCUGUUUGUAACGGUGUAUUUAUUACUUCAUGUAUAUAAUGUAAUGUUUUGUAAGUUAUUAAUUUAUAUACCUAACAUUGCCUGCCAAUGGUGGUGUUACAUUUGUGUAGAAAACUCUGCCUAAGAGUUGCGACUUUUCUUGUAACGUUUUGUAUUGUGUAUUAUAUAACCUGAAGGUCACACAGAGAGACAUACGGCCCCUUCAUAUGAGGGCACCCGUGGCUUUCAUUGGAGUCUGCCCUUUUCUCUGAGUCGCAAAUACUGCUCAACCCCUUUAUGAAAUGGUUUUGGAAACAGGAUUCUCACAUUAAAUACUAAAUGGUUUAUACUGAGCUUUUACUUUUGUAUAGUUUGAUAGGGGUAAGGGGCAGAGGGAUAUGGUUUUUACACAUGUUCUAUUCAAAUCUGUGUACACAUAAGUUGGGUUAUAAUGGGGUUCUACUAUAAUUGUGGUUUUGGUUUAAAAGCAACAACACUACAUUUGCUCACAGAUGGUUUUGAGUGUUCCCAAACUACUGACUUUAAGCGAGAACCUUCUGCCUGCCAUUAAGCAGGAACUCAUGUUCCAAUUAAUUACAAAAGAAAACAAUAAAACAAUGUGAAUCUUAUAAUACAAUGUGAACUGAUGUAGUAAAUUACACAAAUGUGAAGCUUCUGAUAACACUUAGGCCUCUCACUGACUUCAGUCUCAGUUUGUAAAAGGUGUUUCAUGCUUUCAGUUCAGCAUUGUGGCUCCAUAGUUACAGAAAUGGCACAAAUGUGCAUGACCAAUGGGUUUGUAUGACUAUAAACACUGCAUUAUUUCAGGUGGACAUUUUAUUGUUUUCAAAUCUUCUCACAAUGUAUGUUAUAGUGUAAUACUAUAUUGUGCUCAGAUGCAUUCUUAAGAAACUUUUAUAUGAGGUGAAUAAACAAAAGCAUGAUUAG